GUAGGACGUACGGGUUGCGUUGUCUCUAUGGCUGCGUAGGACGCGGAGCACCCACUGCCAUUUCGACUAACUGCACCGUUCACAGAAGAUUGCCUGAUGUAUCAUAAAGAAAAAAGCAUCCAAAUAAAAAACAGUGCAUCGGCGCUGUACAACAACCUUGGCGUAUUACGCAUCGCCCCACGGCGCCUCACAUACUUUACGGUGGUCCACGCAAAUGUUGUCAACAUGGUGAGUGCGUCCUGGGAUGGUCUGAACUACUCCCACCGUCAGCUGCAAUCCAAGGAGCCCAAUGUGGCUACAAGCACAUCCCUCAUCAUGCAGGCUGCAUUUUGUGUUCUGCCUUCUCGUGAUUUGCUGGUUGUGACAUCUCAGAAGGGCAUUCAGAUGUAUGAAUCAGAUGGCUCCAUUAUGGUAUACUGGCAUGCUCUGGAUACUCCUGAAACACCUACAGCUCAAGCCGUGUUUGCUCGAGGGAUAUCAGCAGUGUGGGAGAACUAUAUAUGUGUGGGCGUGUCAUCUGGCGCCAUUUUAGUAUUUGAUGUUCCCAGUAAAGGCAGUAACAUCACCUUGUCUGAGGUCGUGGAGGAGCACAAGGAGCCCAUCACUGACAUAGCAUCAGAGUGUUCUGGCAGCCAGGAGUGCAUAGCUGAUAUGGUCAGUGCAGAUGAUGGAGGUAACCUGUGUGUGUGGAAGUCUGGGGAGGAAUUUCAGUUGCUGAACAAGAUCCCUGGUUUUGAUAUGAGCUGCUCAUCUGUCAAGUUGUGGAAAGGUACAGUGGCGGCAGGUUACGGUACAGGCCAGAUCCGUCUGUAUGAGGCAGUGACGGGAAUUCUGCAUGUUGAAAUUAAUGCUCAUGCUCGCUGGAUUUACUCUCUGGACAUUGCUCCUUUUUCUGGCCUGCUUCUGUCUGCUGCAGAGGAUUCUCUAGUCAGAGUGUGGCAUCUGACUUUAACCCCAGAGACCAAUACUGUUGAGGUUGCCCAUCUACACAAUGAGUGUGUGACAGACACACAAAUCUGCGGCGCCAAGUUCUGUGAUGGUGAUGGCUAUGCCUUUGCAGUGACAGGAUACGACCUGAGUGAGAUUAUCCGCUACACACAGACAUAGGACUUUACAUUAGUUGAGGCUGAAGUUGAUGUAUUAAGGAUCAUCGAGCGGAGUCAAAACAGGUACAUUUUGGGUCAGGUUGAGAAGUAUUUAAAGUCAAGUUUUUUUUUAUUUUGUAUCAUGAUGUUUUUGUCUUUUUUCUCUACAAAGGGACAGAAGCAGAUUACAACCUAAAAAAAAUAAUGCACAGGUACUGUUAUAAAAUGUUUCUGUAAUAUUUUCCCAGUUCAGAUGUUUACAUGUAUGUGAAUAUAGAUUUAAAACUAAUAAAAUGUUAUAUCACCUCUU